AUGACAUCUCAGAUUGAACCAACUGCUGCUUCCGUUGUUUCUGCUCCUGAUGGAGGUGCCGCUUUUCAACGUCAUUUCUCAGCACACUGCAAGGAAUACCCAAUAUUACUUUCUACUCGGAACAUGGUGCUUUCCCUUCCAUUAUCCCUGAAAAUUGCUUCUACAGUUGCUCCUCACUUGAGCUCAGUAAGAGAGACACAGCCCAUCAAGACAGUAAUGGACAAAGGUGACCUGAUUGCCGACGGGGCUUUAGGUAAAAUUGACAAGCACAUUCCUAGUCUUAAGACCUUAGAAGUCCAUGACCUCACUGAUCCAGUAACAAGACCAAUCAAUGGCGCUAUCGAUAGCGUCAAGGCCAAAAAUGCUAUAAUUGUUGAUAGCUUACUGAAGAAUCUUGUUGAGCCAUCAGUUAAAACUGUGAACGAAAUUAAAGGCAAAUUUCACUCUACUUUAUAUGAUGCUGAAGGAAAAUGUGUUAUCACUAGUGUAGCAGACCCAAUGGUCGCUCCAGUUAACCAAAAAUUAGAUCAGUUGGUCGAGGCUCAUUACCCAGACAUUAAGAAGGUUCCCAAAGAAGGUCAAUCGAGUGAACUCUCUCGUACAGCCCAAAUUGUGUAUAACUUAGUUACUAGAGCACACAACUCACCGGCAGAGACGUCAGAAGAAAACGAGAGUGCUCCAAAGGUGAAUGAGCAGCCAUCUAAUAGUGAAAUUUGA